ACGAGUCACGACCACACGAAAGUUGACUUCGGUGUACACGCCUUAGUGUCUUGGCGUACUAGCGCCUGCAGUCUCGCGUCUAGAGAGCUGUGCCAGAUUCCCCGUUCGCGUCGUCACAGCCCAGAUCCCGUUCUCCACCUCUAUAGCGUCCGGUCCCACACCCUCCACGCAAACCCUAAUAUCCAGCACCUUACUGCUCCUUAUAGUCACCCCCCAUCAUCACCACUCUCCAUACAACCACCCCCAACCACUCUCACGCUCGAUACAACCACUCUCGAUAUAGUCACACCCCGCCGUCAUGAACAAGGCGACGAUCCUAGAGCUGGCGAAGGGGUUCCGCGGGCGCGCGAAGAACUGCAUCCGCGCCGCCAAGCCGCGCGUCGAGAAGGCGCUCACGUACGCGUACCGCGACCGGCGCACCAAGAAGCGCGACAUGCGCGGGCUGGCGAUCGAACGCGUCAAUGCGGGCGCGCGACAGUACGGGGUGCGUUAUAGCGAGUUCAUCCACGGCAUGCACGAAUCCAACAUCCACCUGAACCGCAAGGUGCUCUCCGAAAUAGCAGCCUCCGAGCCGUUCACCUUCCGAGCUCUGGUCGACAUCGCGCGGCAAUCCCUAGGCAUCCAACGGCCCCAGCUGCCCAUGUGACCCUUGCAAGUUGCCACCGCUGCAUGGCACUCACCACUCUCCCACAACUAUUCAUCCCAACCCUUCACCUUCUGGCCUCUGGUCCACAGCGCAAGGCAAUCCCUAGGCAUUCAGCAGCGUGCGCUGAGCAUGUGACCUUUCAUCAAUCACACCUACAUUUGCCUGCAAGGUGCUGUCAGGCAUACGUAGCAGCAGCAUCCGGGCCCUUCACCAAGUGUGCCCUGGCUGGUGGUGCUCGGCAAUCCCUGGGAAGGCAAUCCCAUGGUCCUGUCUGACCAUUCCGGUAGAUUUAGGGAAAUAAUGGCUAGUGGCUACAGGAACAAUGCUGCAUCCAGAUAAAAACUAUGUCAUACA